AUGCCUCUCAGGGUCAAGGUCUCCGCUGGCAGUGGCGUAUCACGGGCACAGAUGUCGACCAAAAUCUCCAAUGACGAGUUCAAGCCCCUACCCGAAGACGAGGCCGAUGAUGUCUUGUUCAACAGUCUCUACGGUCUGCGGACCAUCGAGCUCAACCGGCCAAAGAAGCUCAACUCUCUCACUGCCUCCAUGAUCCGCAAAAUCGUACCUCGCCUGCACGAGUGGGAAAAAUCCGACAUGGCCAAUAUCAUCGUUAUGAAGGGCGCCGGCGAGAAAGCUUUCUGUGCCGGCGGCGACGUCACGGCGCUGGUCAACGUCAACAAGGAAAGUCCUGACGGCUGGAAGAAGAGCGCAUCCUACUUCGGGAUGGAGUACAAGCUGGACCACUACAUCGCCACAUACAAGAAGCCGUACGUGGCCUUCAUGGACGGAAUUACCAUGGGCGGCGGUGUCGGUCUGACCAUCCACGCGCCCUUCCGCAUCGCCACCGAGAGGACCGUUUUUGCCAUGCCGGAGACCACCAUCGGCUUCUUCCCCGACGUGGGCGCGUCUUUCUUCCUGCCCCGGAUGAAUGGCGCCGUCGGCACGUACCUGGCCCUGACGAGCGACCGUCUCAAGGGCGCGAACGUGUUCUACUCGGGUGUCGCCACGCACUACCUGCACUCGACCAGCCUACCCGCCGUCGAGUCCCGCCUAGCCGAGCUCCGAUUCCGGGACUACGACCCUCUGGAGAAGCGGCUUUCGCUCAUCAAGGACACCCUCGAAGAGUACGCCACGGGGCUGCCUCAAGAUGAACCGAUGCAGAUCUCGGGCGAAGUGCGCAAGGCCAUCGACCGGUGCUUCAGCAAGAACAGCGUCGAGGAUAUCGUCGCCGCGCUUCGGGCCGAAGCUAGUAGCCCGGCGACCCAGAAGUGGGCGGAGAAGACCCUGGACACUUUGCACAAGCGGUCGCCGACCGCGGUGAACGUCACGCUGCGGCAGAUGCGCUUGGGCCGGGGAUGGUCCAUCGCCGAGACCUUUAAGCGCGAGCACGAGAUCGCGGCACACUUCAUGCGUCACCCCGACUUCAAUGAAGGUGUCGGAGCCCUGUUGAUGAGCCGCGACAACCCGCGUGCCCCGGCCUGGCAGCCUGCGACGCUGGAGGACGUCCAGGACGCCGGGGCGGUGGUGGACCCUUUCUUCGAGUCGAUCGAGGACAUCGAGCCGCUGGAGCUGUUUAAUGAGGAGGAUUACAACGAGUACCAGUUCCCCGAGCUCGGCGUUCCCACCGAGGAGGAGAUCAGGAAGGUCGUAGAGUCGGGUAUCAUGUCACCCAAGGAAGUGGAGAAGCAUAUAGUGGCGACCCGUAAUGGCCGGCAGGGCAUUGCUGCCAUUGUGAAGGAGGUAAUAAGCAGGAAGGUACAGACCGACGAGUCUGGGAAGGCUGUGUGGGUGGAGGAUGAGGAGGGACUAUGA